AUGGUGUUCCUUUCUACCUGGUCCUGUGUAAUCAUUGGUAGUCUUCUUUCUUAUUUAGCAGGAGCAUCCAGCCUCUCAGAUCUGUAUCCCCCUCUGUGGAAUGAGAGUACUGGUCAGCUCAGGAACUACAGAGGAGAAGAUGGACAGUAUACCAUUGACCCCUGGAAAUACCUUGAGAGAAUGGGGAUGUAUAAAAUCCUACUGAAUUGUACAGCCAGUUAUUUUGUAAAAUUUGCACCAGAAAAUGAACAAAAUAUUUUAUGGGGAUUGCCUCUGCAGAAUGGUUGGCAAUAUACUUCAGGCAGAUUAGCUGAUCCCACCCAAAGGACAAACUGUGGCUAUGAAUCUGGAGACCGUUUGUGCAUCUCUGUGGAUAGUUGGUGGGCUGAUUUAAAUUAUUUUCUGUGUGCAUUACCCUUCCUUGCUGCGGUUGAUUCUGGUUUAAUGGGGAUAUCCUCGGAUCAAGUCACCCUUGCGCUACCACCCAAAGAUCAGACAAAGUUUUGUUAUGAUGUUUCUAGCUGUCGUUCAUCCUUCACAGAGACAAUGGACAAGUGGAAUGCCUUUUAUCAGUAUUUGCAGACACCCUCUAGUCGUUUUGAUGACCUGUUGAAGUACUUAUGGGCUGCACAUACCUCAACCCUGGAACAUACUAUAAAAAUAUUUGAAGAUAGAUAUGACUAUUAUUCUAAACCAGAAGCAGAUUUUGAAAGAAGUUGGGUUGUGACUGUUGAAUUUAUAGCUGCAGCCCUCUUCCCUACAACCUUGACCGGCGUACACAAAUUUCAGAAGGGCCUGCCACCAAGAUUGCUUGUUACUGGGGAUGUAGCUCCCUUCAUCAGUGACUUUACUAGGUUUCAGAACACAUUCUUGUUUGUUAUAGAUUAUCUUGGCCAAGUUGAUGAAUCUACAGAUUCAUUAUCUUUGGACUUAUGGAAAACUUUAAUGGAAUCAGAAACUGCAAGGACGUUCGCUCUAAGGAGUUUUGAUAUACUUGCUACGGUGUUAAUUGAUUCUGAUAGGAUUAAUGGACACUUAUUAAAUUUGGUCAUGGACCUUUACUUUAAUUCCCCCAAAGUACAGGCUGAAUCAAUUCCUUGUGGUAAUGUCAUGAAUUUGAUGUUUGACUGUUACACUGAACUUGCAGGCCCACCAACAGUCCACAGAGAUGAAGAGAUGAUUCCCAGAUUCGUGCCCACAGCCUGUGCUUUCUCUAGGAUCAGCCAGACUGCCUCGAAGAGAGAGCAUGCUAGUGGACCUUCUGUUUCAGAAGAUAGUUUGUAUUCUUUAUUGCAUGAUGUGGUUCAGCAUAACCCUUCGUUUCCUGAGGAAGGCACAUUAGACUUAGAUGUGUGGGAGUGCAUUGGACGAAAUUUAAAGUGCCACUUUGAGCGAGGACAAAAAGUUUCCUGUAAAACAUUUACUACAUGGGCUCUUGUUCAUACUGCCUUGGCCCCUCUUCAUACUGCUGAGACUGAGAGUUCUGAAACUGAGGAAGGUCAUAAUCACUUAGCAGGGGUAGAUAUUACCACAGAGCAGCUCCAAGGGCGCAGCCAAUAUGAAGAUGUUAACCAACAGCUAAAUUUGCCAAAUAAUGCUUAUCAACAGGUGGCACUUUGUGCCAUGCAAGCAUGGGAACAACUGCCAGAUUCAGGGACAAAUGCACAAGGCUCUUUCAUCAAUAUCCACCAAGGCCCACAAGAGACUUUUGUAGAUUUUGUUGACCGGCUAACAAAGGCCAUAGGAUGA